CCGCCGCUGCUGCAUCAUAACAAACAUGGCGGCGGACUGAGGGCAGCGGCGGACAUUCUGUGACGCUGUUUUAAUCAACUGUGCGUAUUUUAAUGUUAUAAUUUGUUCGUUCUGUUUCCCCACGGAUCAGGAUGGAGGCUGGCCCGUUUCCAGAGGAGGUUCCGGCCCGGAAAGUGUGUGUGGUCGGUUCGGAGCUGGUGGAGAACUACACAGUUUACAUCAUCGAUGUAACUGAUGGCCUGCACAAGUGGACCUUGAAGCACCGCUACAGCGACUUCUAUGACCUUCAUGAGAAGCUGACGGCAGAGAAGAAGGUGGACCGGCAUCUGCUUCCUCCUAAGAAGAUUCUGGGAAAGAACUCGAAGAGUCUGGUGGAGCGGCGGCAGAAGGAGCUAGAACUCUACUUACAAACGCUGCUUCAGCAGUUUCCAGAGGCCACGCCCACUGCGCUCGCCUGCUUCCUGCACUUUCACCUCUACGAGAUUAAUGGCAUCACAGCAGCGCUGGCUGAGGAGCUCUUCCAUAAAGGUGAGCAGCUGCUGCAGGCUGGAGAAGUGUUUUCUCUUCGUCCGCUGCAGCUUUACUCCAUCUCCCAGCAGCUCCGACUGGCCAAACCGACCUGCUUUACUGGAGACGCCAAAACUGACCUGGGUCAUAUCCUCGACUUCACCUGCAGGCUGCGCUACCUCAAGAUUUCAGGGACCAGAGGUCCAGUAGGAACCAGUAACAUCCAGGAGAACAGCCUCUCCUUCGACCUGUCUGUUUUCAAAUCACUGCUGCAGAUUGAGAUCAGCGACUGCAGCUCGCCGCAGGUUCAUGGUUUGCCGUCUCUGAGAUCCACCCUGGCCACCCUGAGCAUCCACCGCUCCACACAAUCUAUGAUGUCCAUCCUUGUCCCAGAGGCCAGCGAGUUCUCGCAGUGGGAGCCUGAGGGGGCGGAGUCUGGGUGUCCUGUCACCGCUGUUGUUCCCGUGUGGAGAAACCUGACCACGCUGGACAUGAGCCACAACUGCAUCAGCGCCGUCGACAGCUCAGUGAAACUGAUCCCUAAGGUGGAGUUUUUGGAUCUGAGCUACAACCAGCUGUCGUCUGUGGAGAACCUGCAGCACCUCUACAACCUGGUCCAUGUGGACCUGUCCUAUAACAGCCUUCGGACCCUAGAAGCUGCUCACACUCGUCUGGGGAACAUCAAAACUCUGAGCCUGGCUGGUAACCAGCUGGAGAACCUGACGGGCCUCUCCAAGCUCUACUCUCUGGUCAACCUGGACCUCAGCCACAACCAGCUGGCCCAGCUGGAGGAAAUCAGGAACAUCGGUGCUCUGCCCUGUUUGGAGAAACUCAACCUUUCCAGUAACCCUAUGUGCAUCAUCCCAGAUUACAGAACCAAAGUCCUGGCCCAGUUUGGUGACCGUGCAGCAGAGGUGUGCUUGGACUGUAAAGUGACAACGGAGAAGGAGCUGGACACAGUGGAAGUGCUGAAAGCCAUUCAGAAAGCCAAAGAGGUCAAAGACCGGAUGAGCAACAGCGACAAGAAGAUCACUGAGGACACCAACCCAUCUGCUGCUGCACCUCCUACGUCCUCAUCUUCAUCCUGUCUGGCCCAGCAGGCUGCCUGCUCCAGCCAAGAAAUAACGAGCAGAGAAGAAGUCCCCGAACCCCCCACUGUUAUCCCCCCUGUGGACGCUGCACCUCCCCCUGAGAGCUUUAACUCCAACACACUCCUCCUGUCUGCUGAACCUGCUCAGGUAAAACAUUCUGCACUCAGUCCAUCUGAACAAUCACUCUGUGGAGCCCCAACCAACACAGCUUCUUCUUCUUCUGCUGCCAUCUGCUGUGUCUGCUCCGCCUCCUUUUCCAGUCUCCUUGAGGUUCGCUGUCCCUCCUGCAGCGCCACCUGGUGUCCUCUACUUCCACCUCCUCUCUACUGCUUAUCCUCCUCCAACAAAGACUUCAUUACUCAGCUCUCCCAGUGGCUCAGUUUGGCCCUUAGGGAGCAGAAGACAAAGAGGGGAGAAGAGGAGGACGAGUCUGAUCCCAGAGACGUUCGGUCUCCUGUGGAGGGCUCUGAUCUCUGCAGUCGCAGUCCGAGCUCCAGGGAUGGCUACUUUGAGAUGGGCCUGGAUGAUUCUGGGGAGGAGGUGGUAUGCUCCUCCCCCUCGUCGCUCCCUUCUCCUGUCGCUGAGGGGGAGGAGCCUGGCGGCCUCCUGGAGGCGCCCUGUGAGGAGAAGGCGGUGGUUCAGGUCCGCAGAGUUCUGUGGUGUUGUUGUGUCCUGGUCAAUGGCGAGGUGAAGCAGAGGGAGGCAUGUCUGGUGCUGACAGACCGGCUGUUGGGGCUGCUCUUCUGGUCACAUGACUCCAUGUCAGCCAAUCAGGAAAGAGGCCAGGACCAGAGCCCAGCUGUGGAGGAGACCCUAUCGGGCCUUCAACUGGACCUCCUGGUGCCUUACUCCCAGCUCCUGCUGACCUCCCAGGCUGAGCUCCCUGAUUCUUGUCUCUCCUUUAGAAUCAAAGCUGGUCAGACCUGCUGGUUCAUCUUUUCUGAAGCCGAGGAGCUCCGGCAGACCAGAACCGAGCUGACUGUGCUGCUCCAGGACCCUCAGUGUCUCCCGGAGCCUCGAGGUGGUCCUCAGCUCCUUCCUCCCUCGCUUAUCAACUCCUGGGAAGUGGAGGAGAGUCAGGGAGCUCGGGGAGGAUAUCCUGCCCACAUCCUCUGCUCCUCUUCCUCGGGUGAUGUCCAUCUCUUGUCCGAUGUCGGAUCAAAGGAUCCCAGCCUCCUUUCGCUCCUCUUCCUCACACACAGACACCUCUGGGUGCUCAGGAUGGACUUCAAAGAACUGUCAAAAAAGGAUGGUCCCAAAGUUCAUCAGUCCUCCUCCUCCUGGUGCAGGCUUGUGCGUGUCGCCCUUGGCUCGGUGCUUCUUCACCCCAAAGAGCGAGAUGCUCAGAUUGGAAAUGGAUCCGACCACAUUUCCUGUCCUGACCCACAACACUGUCUCAGGAGUCAGCAUUCAGUGGAUCUACUCGCUGGUGGUCAGAAGCUGCUGCUGCUCUUCCCUCUGGCCCAGGACAGGAGCUCCUUCCUGGGUGAGCUGAGCCAAAGAAGAGCCUCUCUGGAGGGGCUGAAGAUGGUGGCGCUGCCCCGACACUGCAGGCCCUGUCCAGGCCAAGGUGGACCAGGCUGCUGCAGAUCCAAAGAUCCCUCUUGCUGCUGCUGCACCAUCGACAGGGAGCUGCACAGCUCCAGCAGUUGGGACUCGUUCAAACUCCAAACUGAGGAGAACCAACCAUCUCCCCACCUGGUCCCGGGUCUCUCACCUGGCCUGAAGCUCCUGGCAGGACUCGGAGGACAGCAGCUGCUGACCUACUUCAACAGAUAUGUAGCUCUGUCCGAGGCGGAGGACCUGAGACACGUCCUGUGGCUUUCUGUGGUCCUCUACAAGGCUCCAGAAACUGAACUCACCUGCUGUCUCCUGCUGUCCACGGACUGCAUCUACUUCCUGCUGGAGGACUCUGCCACAGCCGUGGGUCACCACUCAGUGAUGGACAUAUCAAACUCUGGAGACUCUGAGGCGAGUCUUUGCUACUGCCUGAGCAUCAGACUGUCCGAGCUCCAGGCUGUCAACGUGGGUCUGUUUGACCAGUACUUCAGAGUAGUAGGAUGCUCGGCCGAUCACAUCGUGUGCUGCCUCAGCAGGGACAGUUACGGGACCAGCGUCUUCCUGCAGGAGCUGAUGUCGGCUCUCAGUCUGCAGCAGCAGCUUCCUCCACCGGAGCCGUCGGAUCAGGACUUCUACUCCCAGUUCACCAGCACAAACACAGGUAAGAUGCAGAACUACGAGCUGAUCCACAGCAGUAAGGUGAAGUUUAUUUAUCCCAGCGAGGAGGAGAUGGGAGAUCUGACCUUCAUCGUGGCAGAGAGGAAGACUUCAGCCAGCACAGCUUCUUUAUCCUCAAGCUCCUGCAGCAUCUUGCUGUACCUGCUGGUCUUUCAGGUGCAGAUCCCCAGCCAGUGUUCUGCCGCCUCAGGCCCGUCUUCCUCCGUGUCGGCCUCCGACGGAUCUCCGGUCCUUCAGCCCAGGACUCUGAUCCUCACCGGCACCGACCUGUUCCUGCUGGACGAGGACUACGUCAGCUAUCCUCUGCCGGACUUCGCAAAGGAACCUCCGUCCAGAGAGCGUUACCAGCUCUGUGAGGCUCGGAGGAUCCGGGAUCUGGACCGGGUCUUGCUGGGAUACCAAACCUACCCUCAGGCUCUGACCCUGGUUUUUGAUGACCUGCCGGGCCCUGACCUGCUCUGCCACCUCACCAUGGACCACUUUGCCGCCACCGGAGAGGAGGCUCCGCCCAGAGGAGUCGCAACCAACAGAGGCGCCGAGGGCGAGGUGCAGUGGUGCAUCUUCAUCCCGGGAGCCGACUGCAGAGAGAGGCUUAUCUCACUCCUCGCCCGCCAGUGGGAGGCGCUGUGCAGCCGGGAGCUUCCUGUCGAACUGACCGGCUGAUUGGAUGAUGGGAAUGACUUAUCGCCAUGGGGACCAGUGUUUGGACCCUGCUCUGACGAAGCCACCUGGAGGCGCUCUAAGGGGAUCCAUCACUUAGUUUAAGGCCUAAUAGGCCUUGGUACAAAUAUCUGCUGCUGGAAAGCAUGGAGGAUUCAGAACUGCAGGUUUUUAAAAACAGGAAAACUGACACUUGAUACUUAACAAACCGGUGUUGCACUACAGGGGGCGCUGCAGCAUGUCCACAGGAGUUUAACAAUAAAUAUUUAAGUUGAUAUAACCUUUAAAGAACUUUGCUCAGCACAGAUAACGGAUACAGGGGCAAGCUGGUAGGAAAACUGUUUCCAAAGCUGUUUGAAUCUGAAACCUGCUUUAAAACCAAAAGUUGCUUUGAUGUGUUUCAUAUUUAUGUUUUCAGUCCGGUUCUACUGCAGACAGCUUCUGAAUUAAUAUAUUAGCACACAGACUCACGAGUUGCUUGGCACAGUAUACUCUAAACGUUUUAUUUCUUGCACAUUAUAACAAAUGGAGCAGUAUUAAUAAACUGUAUUGGAAACCUUUUAUUAAUAACAGAAUUAUUGCUUUGUGACAGAUGGGAUGUUUUCUGUCCUGAAGCUGAAAUUUGUGGUAAAAAUAAGGUUUUCUGGUAAUGUUUCCAACAUGAACUCUUAAAUAUUAUAACAUAUUGUUAUUUUUUAUAUAUAUAUUCAUAUUCAUAUUAGUGUUUUCUUUUAUGUUUUUGUACAUCAUCAUGACUGAAUGGAGAGUCCGUCAGUUUUGGGUCACGCUCCAUCACUUUUCUCUCUGUUGGACUCUAAAGUUAAACUGAAUCCUUCCUAAAAAUACUUCUUCUUGCUUUGUUUCAUGAUGGUCGGGAGGUUCUCUGAAGAUCAGCCGGUUUCAACCUCAGAACGUUCCUGUAAUGACAACAGAACAUCACAAAUAACUUCUCAGUUACUAAACGGGUCCUUAAAAGUGUAGAGAAUAAAAACCUCAAAAUAAAGACAAGAGAAAGAUUAA